GCGCAGGUAAAGGUGAUCUGCUCUGUCGCGUCUCCUCCUCCUCAGGAAACAUACCGAUGAGUCGGCGACUCCCUUUGUUUUUCUCCAGUUUUGAUCCAACUGCGCAAACACAAGGAACAUGGUGAAAGAAGAGGAGGAGUCACCCAACCGGCCUGACAACACCGCCUUCACUCAGCAGAGGCUUCCGGCAUGGCAGCCCAUGCUCUCCGCUGGCAUCGUCAUCCCGGGGUUUGUCGUCAUAGGCCUGGUGUUCAUCGGCAUCGGGGUCGCCCUCUUCGUCACCUCGCGGAGCAUCACGGUGCUGGAGAUCGACUACACUGGGGUUGACAAAGACUCUCCAUGCUUCAAGUGCAGCGACCCAGAUAUCAAGAACUGCCCGUGCACAGUGGACUUCACCAUUGACACUCUCUUUGAGGGACCCUUGUUCUUGUAUUAUGGUUUGUCCAACUACUUCCAGAACUACAGAAAGUACAGUGCGUCUAAAGAUCUCACCCAGCUGUCCGGAGACCUGGCCAAUUUUAAGGCACCCAGUGAUGAUUGUUAUCCAUAUGAUUACAGCGCCCAGAAACCAAUUGUCCCAUGUGGAUCAAUAGCAAACAGCAUGUUCAAUGACACCUUCAAGCUGUUUCACAUGGUCAAAGGGACCAAAAAUCCAGUGGCCCUGGAUGGAAAGGGGAUCGCUUGGUGGACGGACUACAACGUCAAAUUCAGAAACCCCUCGGUGAACCCUCUGAAAGACGCCUUCAACGGCACUACCAAACCCCCCUUUUGGCCCAAGCCUGCUUACGAGCUGGACCCCACUGACCCUGCCAACAACGGCUUCAUCAACCAGGACUUCCUGGUGUGGAUGAGGGCGGCAGCUCUGCCAAAUUUCAGGAAGCUGUAUCGACGUAUCUCCGAGGGCGAAUACGAAAAGGGUCUGCCAGCCGGGAACUACUCGCUGGAAAUUGCCUACAAUUAUCCUGUUCUGAAGUUUGAAGGCAGAAAGAAGGUGGUGUUCAGCAACGUGUCCUGGAUGGGUGGCAAGAACGAGUUCCUGGGUAUCGCCUACCUCGUGAUUGGCUCAUUGUGCGUCGUCAUGUCCAUAGUCAUGCUCAUCGUCUACGCCAAAUUCAAGUUCCCCGAGGAGGACUAAUCCCCUGUUCAUUGACUGUAGUUAGACUUCCCAGAUUAUUUUUGUACAUAUACUGGUCUGUUGGCACAUAUUUGACUAAAACAUAUCAAGUUUAUUCCAUUAAGAUUCAGGCUCUCAAAAAUAAAGCCUCCAUCAAUAAUCCCAAGAGAUGAAGGUCGAAGCCGACUGUCCGCAGGCAGAUAAAUUAAGACAUACUGUACAUAUGCUCCUGUGUAAAUUAUCAAAUGAGCCUUUUCCAGUUUAAGCAGCUCAGAUUAUGCACCUUUUAGUUGAUUAUUUGACCACAAGGUAGGGGAACAGCAGGGUGUUUUCAGGUAGUGACUUGUUGUGUUACAUACAACUUUUGUCUCAGUCCUAAAGGAUUAUGUCAAAAAUAAUAUCAAAGCCAUAUAUCAUUUGAUAAGCUACUUGACUCUGGAAAAGUAGUUACAUUUUACUGUGUGUGUGUGAUGCAACGUGAAGUGACUGCUGUAGAAAUUGUGUAUAUGUUGCUCUGCUAUCUCAGGGAAAUGAUUACAGGCUGUGCAUCUCAGUUUUUAACUUGCAUUUGAAUCUGAGAUUUUUACUCUUCUUGCCUGUAUUUAUUUAAUAAAACUGAACCAAACUUUA